AUGUCUGUCCUCUUUAAGUUUUUAGAAGAACAAGAGGGGCCACACUCGACGUUACCAGACGACGAGUUCUACGAUGCUGUUGAGACAGGCUUCGACAAGAUGGAGGAGGAGCGGUGUGCGAGGGUCGCGCCCCCAGCGGAGCACACCAGGGAUGAGGUGGAACUGCCACCGCCGGCUGUUGAUAACAGGCUCACCGUGCAUACACUAUGGCCAGAGAUCGAUAGGAUAUCCACAGAACAAAUACAGGCAGCGUUCGAGGGUGUCGGAGGUCAGAUAGGAUGGCAGCUGUUCGCUGAGGAAGGUGAUAUGAGGAUGUAUAGGAGAGAAGUAGAAGUUGAUGGUAUGGUAAUGGAUCCAUUGAAGGCGAUGCACAAGGUACGAGGAGUAUCAGCUCGGGAGAUGUGCCAUUACUUCUUCAAUCCGAGAUACAGAUACGAAUGGGAAACCACACUAGAGAAUAUGAAUAUAGUGGAAGCGAUUUCCAGCGACGCUAUAGUAUUCCACCAGACAUUCAAGCGUAUAUGGCCGGCUUCACAAAGGGAUGCUUUGUUCUGGUCGCACGUUAGAUCCGCGCCGCAACACACGUACGCUGUAACAAAUCACUCCACAACCAAUGAACGAUAUCCGGCAAACUCUGGUGCUUGUAUACGUCUGAUAGUGACGGUGUGUCUCGCGUGCCGCAGCGAGUGGCCUCCGGGGCAGCAACCCUCCAGGGAUAACAUCACCACCAGCAUCGCGUAUUGUAGUACAGUGAACCCCGGCGGCUGGGCGCCAGCGGGCGUGCUUCGAGCGGUCUAUAAACGAGAAUACCCCAAGUUCCUUAAACGGUUCACGAGCUACGUGCUCGAGCAGUGCCGGGAUAAACCGCUACUCUUGUAG